AUGGAGAUAUACUUAGUUUCAAUCGUUUUAGCAAGUUUCCUACUCAUACCAUUCGUCCUCAAAACUUUUUACCCUUAUGUUUGGAUGGAUAUUCUGUAUUUUAGGGAUCUGCUGCGUAUCUUGGUGAGGUUUGUGUCGAGGCGGAGAAGGAGACCUCUCUUCUUUGUUUUGGAUCGUUUCUUGGAGCAGACCGCCGCACGGCCAGACAAACCGUUCAUUGUGUUUGGAGAUGAAAGCUUCACUUACGCUUCUACGGAUAAAAGGAGCAAUAAACUCGCCCAUGCGCUGCAGACUCUGCCUGGGUUUACAGCGGGGGACACCGUCGCACUUUUUAUGGGGAAUGAACCCGCCUUCGUGUUUACCUGGCUGGCUUUGGCUAAAUUAGGCUCCCCCGUGGCUCUCCUCAACCACAACAUCCGCACCAAGUCCCUUCUGCACUGUUUCAGCUGCUCCAAGGCCAAAGUGUUGAUAGCAGCCGCAGGUAGACACAGCCAUAAAGGAACAACUGUAUGUUUCUUCAGAGCCUAAAUGUUUAAAAAACUUAGGAGUAAGCUGUUAUGUCUAAUUUGGUUUUCAUUUUAAGUCAGACUCCUUUUAAACUAGUUUUCCACAGUGGUCGUGCUCUUUAAGAGCUAACCCACACAUCCUGGAAUCUUAAAAACAACAAUGCUUUCUGAAGUACGGCUGGGCGAUAUGGGAAAAAGUUUAUCACGAUAUUUUUUUUCAUAUCAGUCGAUAUCGAUAUAUAUCACAAUGUAAAAAAUGAAAUUUAACGGUGCUUAUUGGUAGCAUUAGUGAUGGGCACAGCAGUUCUUUUAGAUGUACUGAAACACUAGAAUUAGUUCACUUAAAUAGUUUGUUCAAAAGAUUCGUUCAUCAAAUCACUAAAUCAUUCAGUCCUCGACCUCCUGAACUGUUACGCAGCUGAACAGUUCAGGAUUCAGUUCAUUUCAUAGCUUUUGGGCCCGGGAGACCAGAGUGUUUGGCUGUGUUGCUAUGUUAAACUGGUGUGUAAAAAUGAACUCAUUUAUAAGUCAUGAUGUUUUAAGUGUACUGUCCUACUGCAUGCUUUUUUAUCAGGUCUGCUCAAUAAAUUGGGCUCAAUGAGUGAUUCGUUCACUUAUAUUUAGAAGAAUUCACAUUGAACAUGCACCACAUACACCGCUGCAAUGAUAGGAUGCUGCAGGUUUAAUGCACUACUUGUUACAUGCUGUGUCUUAUUGUGUGCAGGUUGUGGUGGUGGCAACUUAGCAGUAAAAAUUUUAAAAAAGUUAGUUUUGUCCAACAAAAAUGAUUCUAGAAAGUGUAGUUCAAUGUGUGAUUCGUUAACCCAGUGAUUAAGGCAUCGGUGCAUACGGUCCCUCGUUUGCUAGACAUGCAAUAGCAUCUGCCCUGAUGACAGCCCUACUGAAGUGAGGAACGAACGAAACACUUGAGGCAGUGAUUCAGUUCAGUACGUUCACUUAAAAGAUUUGGUUCUUUUGAAUGAAUUGUUCGCAAACGACACAACACUAGGUAGCAUGUCUUUUGCAAUAUAAUAAGCUACUGCAUCUGUGAGGUCUUUGUGUCUCUUUGACGUUUUGUCAUAAGGCGUUGCGUCGUUAAAGUGCUAUGGUUGCAUGUAGCUGCAGCCUGCUACUACGCAGUUGUUUUGCUACUUGGUGCUAAUUCAUGGUUUGAUUUUGUGACCAUAAGUCUCCCAUAAUUUUGGAGCCAAGUGGCACAGUUUAAGUGUAGGAGCUAGGAAAUUAUUUUCAAGGUUGCCACGCCAGUUUGAUUUAGUACAGAAACAUCAGAUUUAUCAAAAUAAUUAGCAUCUCUGUUUACAAAUCAACAACUAACGGCUAAAUAAAAGACAUUUUGUUUAUCUCAGAGUUGUCUUUUAGGAUGCUGACACAGCUAUUCGACCAAGUAGGACAUUCAAAAAUUGUUUCUGCAGUCAUUGACACCUGAACUUUGGUGUGUACUCUCCCUCUGCUCCUUUGUUCUUGCACAGGGGCACAUCCAGGGGGUGGCCAAGGUUCCCCCUGACAUGAAUGUGGCUUCUAAAUGUAGCAUCACCCAAUCCUGUCAGUGUUUUAUUCUUUAAGUCUUAAGCUAAAAUGACUGAAAAAUAUCCACAGGAGUUUAACAUUAAUGUGAUUCAUAAAAAUUAGCAGUCAAAGUAGCUAUGGUUUGAAAGACAGUGUACGAGUGCAUAAAGGCUGACUUCAUGCCACCCCAGUUUGAAAGAUCUAGCUCCACUUUGCGUUUAAUUUAGAGCUGCACAUUUCUCCUUAUUUUUAUGACUAAUAUCUUGGCAAGUUUGUAUAAUGUAAAACAAGUAACUUGAACAUAUUGUGUAACUGUGCGUCCUUGUUUCAGAGCUGAAGGAGGCUGUGGAGGAUGUGCUGCCAUCACUGAUAGAGCAGGACGUCACUGUCCUCCUCAUGACUGAACACUGCGACACACCUGGAAUACAGAGUUUCUGCAGAAAAGUGGAUGAAGCAUCAGACGCCCCGCUACCCCGAUCCCUGAGAUCACACCUCACAUAUAAGAGCCCUGCAGUCUACAUUUACACCUCAGGAACUACAGGUACCAGGAGUAGCUGCAUGGUCAGCUUCUUAUCCAGUUUUAUGUAGUAAUCUGUUCCCACAGCAACACCACAAAAGAUUACGGGUUGUUUCAGGAUUGUGCUGUUUUUGUCUUGAUGUAUUUUAGGUCUCCCCAAAGCCGCUGUGGUCAACCAGAACCGCCUCCUAACAGCUCUGGUCAUAUUAUCCUCAAACGGCGUAUCAGCUAGCGAUGUCAUCUACGUCAACCUGCCUCUGUACCACACAGCAGGAUUUUUUGUUGGCUUUAUUGGUGGCAUUGAGACAGGUGAGAUUAUUUUAAAGUAGCAAUCACCACCAAAACCAAACAAUCUGGAAGGGCUGUGUGAGGACUGUGCUGAGCUAAUAAGAGACGAAUGUGUCUUUUUAAUCUGCAUUACAAUUUUGAAUGAUGAAAUUUUUCCUCUAUCUCUGGUUUAUUGUCACUGCUGAUGUCUUCAGCACUAAACAGACAUUUUGGUUGUAGGUGCUGGAAACCAAAUAACUCUAUCAAGAGAACUCUGAACAGAAGUUUUUUCUUGUUCCAACUGCAGCAGCAAGUUUAGUCGACACCAAAAAUGAUGCCGUGAUUCACUUUUAGAGUUUAUAAAAGUGACUACCAGUGAUUUAUAAGCACACCACGGGUCAAGCUGCUAUCAUCUCAGUUUAUAAGCAGGCCAGACUGUUCUUCUCUUUGCAGAGAUUCCUACUAUAAACCAAAUUAAGCUUUAAGAUCCCCGUAUCAAAUAAAAUGAUUCAGCAGUUGCGCUUAACAAGAGUUGUAAAACAGACAAAGACUUCAUAAGACAGAGUUGUUUUUGCACACAAUCCAAGCAGAGUGUGAUGAAGAAUUCAGUGCAGAGACAGUUUCCAUCACUGCUGCACAGUUACCAGAAACGAAGGUGUCAAGCAAACGUUUUUAAGAAGCCAUUGGAUUAGCUGAGACAAUAAGUAAUCAUCUAAAACCUUUAAAUGUUUUUAUUACUACACAAUAACUUGAGUUUCAGGGAUCUAAUGGUUAACCUUCAAUCAACUCAAUCUUCUAUUUAUGGGCCAGCUGUGACCUUGAAGAUUUGCAGAAUUACUUAACCCUGUUAUAAGACCUGUGAAAGGUUCUCACACAUGACCUCAGUGUGAGGCCCAGUGCUGAAACAUUGUGAACUGAAAAGUGAUGCCCACGCUCCUCAUUCUCCCUUAGCUUCUCCUGCCCCUGAGAAACCAAAUGAAAGAGUCUAUUGUCCGUGUGAAGCUGUAAUCUGAGCAGAGCCGGGUCAACCAAAACCAGAUUACCUCUUGUUUGUAGCCGCUUUCCUCUAUGUGGGGAAAAGUUCAUUUCGGUAUUAGAUGUCCCAUUACGCAGCAUAUUUGACAAGUAAGAUCAGUCAGUGUGGUAUUAUACACAAUGAAUAUAUUGGUCUGUAAUUUCUCAUUUUGCUUGGCCAAUAAUCAAAUCUUUUGUUUUUUUAUUUUAUUUUAUUUUGAAGGGUCAACUUUAAUUCUGAAGAAGAAGUUUUCUGCCUCUCAGUUCUGGGAUGACUGCAGGAAACACAGAGUGACUGUCAUCCAGUACAUAGGAGAAGUACUGCGUUAUCUCUGUAACACACCAAAGGUAAUCCUGUUUUUUAGGUUAGUAAGGGUUCAUGCAGUGUUUUUAAGCCAACUCAGAAGUAAGUAGUAUCUUAGUAUUUCCACACAAGAUGAGGAAACCCGUGCCUGCAUUAUUUGAUACCAUUAUGUCAAGAUCAGGAGUUAAUUAUUUAGCUAUCUUAGGAAAACAAGCUUUGUUGUGUUCAGAUAAUGAUGGUGGUUGUUUGAGUGUCAUUGUGCAGAAUUUCACAUUUUUAUACCAGGCUGCACUUAAGUCAGUGUGAAACUGAAACAGACCGAUGUUACUCUAUUUAAGAUAUCUCUCAGUUUUGUCCUCAUCAGUUUUUGCAGCUGAACCAAAGGGUCAUUUCCAGGUUCUUCAUAAACAAUUAAUGGCAAGUGGAAAAAGAGUCUUCUGAUCAUGGGUUAGGUUAGAGUUUCAUUACCAGUGUCUUAAACUCCAACAGGCGCACACAGGUUCUUGGGCAGGGUGCUGUGGUAGCCUCAUGUCCUCUCUGCAGUCCCUGUCCUGUCCUGUCCUGUCCUGUGGAUUAAAAAAACCCUCUCUCCUAAAUACAUCUUCAGAGGCAGGGCACCGGGAACCGGCUGCUGCAGGAUGCCAUUCAGACAGAUCUACUCAGAGGUUUAAUUUCCAAAUCUGUACAUUCCUACAGAGCAGCACAGCUGGCUUACCAAAAUAGAAAUCAUUAAAUGUGAACUAUCAGGUUCCUGCCUUCUGCGUCACAAUCUGUAGGGGUCCUAACAGCUCCAAACUUUGUGAAAACACUUUUUAAAACUCCAGAUAUUAAAGCAAACACUUAAUGUGCCAUUUUCAACUCUUCUAAAGGUUUAGGUACUGUAUUUUGGAGUACUGUAAACAUUUGGCCUACAUGUUUGGCCAUUCAGAGUAUCUGGUUGCAUCACAUGAAGUGCAGUCUCAGUUUACUGUGUGACCCUGUAGCAGAGGGAGGAGUGAGUUAGUCUGUAUCUGGUCACCUCUAGGAAUAGAUGCUGGCCUUUACUGAGGAAGACCAUAUUAAGUAGCCGGCUAACCAAUCUCACAGGAGUAGUGUAUGACUUCAGGGUCACACUGAUUACCAGGCAUAAUAUUUCCUUUAGCAUAUUUGUAAACUUUGGAUAAGGAAAAUGCAGAUUUAAGUCUCUUGAGCUAUUUUUGUCAGGUGGAACUAAUAAUAGUGUCAUAUUCUUAAAGUAUGUAAAUUGUUGUACUUAAUAUGGGUCAUACUAAAGGGAUCAGCCAAAUAAAUGUCUUUGUUUUACUCAAGUUUUCACAUGUAUUUAAAAUAUUACAGUCAUGCAGUUGGUUCUUGUAGCCAAACGUUUUGAAAUAAGUAGGUCACUCAUGAUUUAUUUCCAUCAUGUCUUGCCUUACGCUUGAAUGUGUUGUUUUGUUUUUAUAUGACGACAAUGCAGAGAGACAACGACAGGGAACAUAAAGUGAGACUGGCCAUUGGAAAUGGUGUCAGAGCUGAGAUAUGGAGGGAAUUUAUCAAUCGCUUUGGGAACAUCGAAGUCAAAGAGUUUUACGCCUCCACUGAAGGGAAUGUGGGAUUUGUCAACUACGCUGGGAAAAUUGGAGCUAUCGGAAGGGUCAACUUUUUGCACAAGGUAAGAAAGCUGCUUGAAUGGAUCUUCAAAGAUUGCUUUUCUUAUCAGUUGCAAAGAUUUAUUGUAUGUGUAUGGAUGUACACGUGUGUGGUUUGAGGCCCGUUUUGUUUGUUUUCAACUACCAGACUUUGAGGUUCUUGGUGUUCAUGUGUUUAUAUCUCUAGUGAAAACUCAAAAAUAGUUGGAGGACUUUUAGUUAGGACUGUGUCAAGUAAAAAUGUCAAUUAGGGUCCAAAAGGGUGGUGAGAGUUUAAUGAGCCAUUGUUGUUUAUUUCAAAGAUUCCUUCAAACAGAGUUGUGAGGCAGUGUGAGUUUUAUGUUUGACUCUGCUCACUGACAUCUUUGUUUCCCCCUAUAGAAACUCUUUCCCUACACUCUGAUCAAGUAUGACACUGAGCUGGAUGAAGUGAUACGAGAUUCAAAUGGCCUUUGUGUGGAGGCGCCUAAAGGUAAAGACACUUCUGCACAUGCUAGAAACCAAAAAGGACACCAUCCCAGCCUCUUAUGAAUGUCCUUGAAUGCACUCUUGUGCUUAAUGUUGUUUUUUUAUAGGCAGGGAACAUUCAAUCAAGUCUGGGCUUGAAGGUUGGGCCGUCAUUAUGAGCAACUUUAGUGUUAGACUCUUUGUUUGUUUUCUUUUAGGUGAGACGGGCCUGUUGGUGUCCAAGAUCACAGACAUUGCACCUUUCGUCGGCUACGCACAGAAUGAAGCACAAACGGAGAAGAAAAGGCUUCGUAAUGUUCUGAAAAAAGGAGAUCUGUACUUCAACAGCGGAGAUCUGAUGAGGAUCGAUACAGACAAUUUUAUUUACUUUCAGGAUCGUGUUGGCGACACAUUCAGGUACAGAACACCUGGGCACCAUGAUUUUGACUAAAGCUUACUGUUAUUGACACAAUUAACACCGUAUACAACAAUGCCAGUUAUAUUACACAUGAAAGAGGAACCUAAAAUGUGGACAUGAACCCACUGACCUGGCGUAAAAGCACUUCAAACAAACUUUAUCCAUUGAUCCAUUACGAUUUCAAUCGAGCAGGAGUAGAGAUCGUGUAUCUCAGUUUCUUUGGAUAAUGUUCAUUGCUGUAAUUUUUACAAAAAUCUAAAAAGAAGAAUUUCAAAGUUAUGAUCAUCACUUUAGAUUAAGUCCUGGAUUGUUCCAAAACUGUACAACUUUUAUUUGCAGUGAUAAUAGCGAUGUUUUCUUUCUGGGCUUAUCCACUUCACCUAUAAAUACUUGUAAUCCUGCAGCUAUGCAUUCACCCUGCUAAUUAUGCAACAGGCUCACUUAGAAACGUUUAGAGAUUUUGAGAAAGCUUGUGUUUGUUGCUCAGACAUGCCUGUAAAUUGUUGUCAAGCCUCAGGGUAAUAGCACUAAUAUAAAGUUUAAAAUUGUUUGAUCCCACAGGUGGAAAGGUGAGAACGUAGCUACAACUGAGGUGUCUGAUAUCAUGACGCUCAGUGAGUGUCUCAAAGAGGCGAACGUCUAUGGAGUCCAAGUACAAGGUGAUUUUUCUCUCAACAUUUGAACCUCCCAGUUUGCUCUAUAAUAAAAUCAUUACUUAUAAAUUGAAGAAUAAUAAAUCAGGCUUUCUUGAGUUAGGGAAAUUAAGUGUUUGGCUUGUUUUAAAUGGUUGUUUGCCAUGUAGGACAUGAGGGGCGGGUAGGGAUGGCGGCUGUGACUGUGAAGGAAGAAGUCCAGUUUGAUGGAGGCAAAAUAUACAAGCAUGUGGUCGGCUACCUACCCUCAUAUGCCCGACCUCGCUUUAUAAGAAUACAGGUAACUGAGGAACACUGUGUGAUCCAGACCAGAUAAUAAUGUUUAAAAAAAACUGUACCUGAGUGAAUAUGUUGAUUUAUUUUCUAUCCAGAAUACAGUGGAGCUGACGGGGACGUUCAAACAGAUGAAGUUGAAGUUGGUGGAGCAGGGUUUUGAUCCAGAACAGAUCCAGGACCCUCUUUACAUCCUUAAUGACUCUGAGAAGAGUUACAUCCCUCUGACUGUCCAGGUCUACAACUCCAUCAUAUCAGGAAACACCAAACUAUGA